GAGAGAGAGCACGAAGUCCUGCAACAGACAGAAGGACGAUUGUAGCUCGGCAGAAGUGAAAGUAACAGAGUCGAGCUAACGGUAAAGACAAAGGUGUGUCAAAAAAAUAAAUAGGGAAACCGCAAAACGUUGCCCGAAACCCGUUUCAGGUUACAAGGUGGAACAUUAAAACUACAGAGCUGGUAUGCUGUGUUUCCUGUCACUAAAGUAGACUUGAGUCGCACUGUAAAUGCAUUGGAUCCGGUGACAAGCCUCGACAGCAGCAAGAGACGUGACAGACAUGGAGAAUGGGAAGAGCCGCCUGCAGCAGGCCCAGGAGGACGUGGAGGAGGUGAAGGUUAUCAUGUUGGACAACCUGAACAAAGCCGAUGAGAGAUCUGGAAAACUGGUAGAACUGGAGGACAGGGCUGAUGAGCUGCUGGCAAAGAGUAAAACCUUUGAGAAGACCAGCAACCAGGUGAAGAACAAGAAAAGAUGGGAGAACAAGAAGAUGAAAGUGGUGUUUAUUGGCAUCGGAGUGGCAGCUGCACUCAUCGUUCUCGGACUUAUAAUCUUUGCCAUUGUUGAUGCCACACGAGCUCAGUAGCUCCCUUGCUGAUGAACGGAAAAUAAGAUAUCUGGACAUGAAGUUGGCAAAGAUAAAAGGUCCAGGAAGAGGAAUGCAAACUAUGGGACUCUAGCAUCACGCCUGAACUGCUCAGUCUGUGAUAUUUCUGUGUUUUAGGAUAUUUAUGGGAGCAUUGGUCCCACUCUUCAUUAGUGUAAGUCUUCAGUUGAUAUGGUACCAUUGAUUGCUUGGCUGCUUUUUAAAAUAACUUUUCACAGGUCAUGUCUCCGCUUGGGCACCACCCCACCACUUCAUUUUAACCAAACAUUAUUAGGCUGCUACUUUUGUACUAUUUGUUUGUAUAUAGUGAUUCACGUUCAAGAGCGCCGCUCAGAGGAACAGAUAACUGGUGUCAGUGGUCGCUGAACUGAAGACAGAAUCCAUUUCACCGACAAUUCAAUCGAUUAUUACAGUCAACUGUCAGCGCAAGAAGACUAAAGAAAAGACUAAGCUUGGUGAAUAUAUGCAGCUUCAAAUUGGAAAGAAUUAACUGAUGUAAUAGCACAUAAAAUCUCAUCUGUUAAAAAUGAAAUUUUGUCUGUAUCAUUAAAAUGUGUUUAAAGAUGCAAAA